AUGGCUACCGCGGAAGUUGAGUCACUCAUAGACGACACGCGCGCACACGUCGGGCCAGUUAUCAAAGCGAUGUCGAUGAACACGCUGAGCACCGACAAUUUCGAUCCCAAGAAGCACAUAGAUUUCACACCACCGGCCAAGACCCUGACGAUGAGCGAUUUGAAACUUCCUGAGGGUACCGGAGUGUCCCCAUUUGCUGUCUCCGAUCCCUUUCAGCUUUUCACUCAGGAGGCCGUGCAACGCAUGAGGGCCGAGAUAUUCAGCAAAGAAGUUUUGGAAAACUGCAAAUACUCGAGCAACCUAGCCCAGUGUCAGCUGAGAGGUUUCGCUGCAAAAUAUGCACCCUUUGUGUACGAUGCGUGGAAGAACCCUGAGACGCUCGCGAUCAUGUCUAAUAUUGCCGGUGUCCAACUUGUAACAGAGAUGGAUUUCGAGAUUGCCCAUAUCAACAUCUCCGUCAAAUCAGAGAAGCAGAAAGCGGAAGAACUUGAGGCAUUCUUGGACAGAAAGCUGACCGAGGACGAUGAGGGUAUUGCCGGCUGCCCAUGGGAAGAUGACAAACCCAUCGUCGACUGGCACACUGACAGCUAUCCUUUCGUUUGCGUUACCAUGCUCAGCGACUGUACCAAUAUGAUUGGCGGAGAGACUGCACUACGCACUGGAAAUGGAGAUGUCAUCAAAGUCAGAGGACCUCAGAUGGGUUGUGCUGUUGUGCUGCAAGGCCGCUACAUCGAGCACCAAGCUCUACGCGCUCUCGGGUCAACGGAGCGGGUCACGAUGGUGACAUCCUUCCGUCCCAAAUGCCACACCUUCAGGGACGACACCGUGCUUACCACUGUCCGCCCAGUCUCGAACUUGUCGGAACUCUACUCCCAAUUCUGUGAGUACCGCCUGGAAAUUCUCGAAGAGAGAAUUCGCAAUAAGCUCAAGGCAAUGAGAGAUGCGGAGAGAAGCGGUAGAAAAAUGAGCACGAAGGCGCUCAAGGCAUUCCUUCAUGAUCAGGAAUUGUUUCUCGCACACAUGAACAAGGAAAUGAUCGAUGAUGAGUUCGUGAUAAAGGGCAGCAUUGACAAUAGCCAUCUUUUCAGCGACUUUGGCGAGAGCAACCGCGCGAGGGUCGAGUGA